AUGGGCGGCGCAUCCAAUACACAAUGGGAGCUGGAAGAGGGAAUCCCCCAGCAAGACGAUCCCUUCAUCCAACAGUACCUGCGGGGCCGCACCUCGCUAAUCGUCGAGGAGCAAAAGCAACGGCAUGAUUUCACUCUCCGCAAAGCCCUGUCGCCGAUCGCUGCCACCGCAUGUAAGAUCGUUUCCAAGAUCCGCGACCGGGAUCUGACCCAACACCCGUCGGGCCCGGUGGAGAACUCCGAUCUCUGGCGCAUCUUGCAUCGCAUGCCCAAGGGGUCUCUUCUCCACGCACAUCUCAACACCCUAGUCGAUGUCGGCUUCUUGGUUGACUUGGCUUUUACCACGCCGGGGAUCUGCAUCGCGGCUCCAAGUCCUUUCGUAGUGGACAGCGACUACGAAAGCGCUCCGUUCUACUUUCGGCAUUCUUCUCAAUCCGAAGAAACAGAGGAGCCAACUUUGUGGGAGUCAUCCUACCGUCCCACGACCCUCACCCCGCUGCAGAAGGCUGCAUCAACCUUCCCCAAGGGUGGAGAACCCGCAUUUCGAGAAUGGCUUAGGACUCGUUUCGGUCUACACCCCGAGUCCACACGUUAUGACAGUACCCACAGCGCUGCGUCGAUUAUUGAUUCGCUUCUAACCUACGAGCCCAUCCUGCGCGCAUGUCUACAUCGUGUGUUCAGCCAACUCGCUGCAGACGGCAUUAAAUAUGUGGAAAUCCGAAAUUCGUUUGAAAUUCCCUUCCGACGGGAAGGAAACAACGAACCCGACGAAGACUCCUUCAUGGACUGGUGUCGUGUCUUCCAGGAGGAAGUCAAUAGCUUCAAAACGACCGACGCUGGUCAGACUUUCCAUGGAGCUCGAGUCAUCUGGACCGCCACUCGUAUUUCAUCGAACAGAUGCGUCUUUGACGAUAUGGUGCAGUGCAUCCUAGCAAAGACGGAAUUCCCCGACGUUGUCUGUGGUUUUGACGUUGUGGGACGAGACAGCAAUCGGUCAUUGACAGAUUUGGUUCCAAUAUUGUUUUGGUUUCGCAGACAGUGCAUGGAAGAGGGAGUUGAUAUCCCCUUCUUUUUUCAUGCGGGCGAACAACUUUCAGGUGCGCUGUCCGAGUCAGAUGCGUUUGAUGCUAUCUUGCUAGGGACCCGACGCAUCGGCCACGGGUUGUCACUCUACAGACAUCCACUUCUCAUUGACCUGACGAAGGAGAAGAAGAUCUUGCUUGAAUGUUGUCCUGUCCCGGAAGCCGGUGCUCAGUCUGUCCCUCUUUCCGCACUACUGUCCCGUGGCGCCUCUGUCGCACUUUGCAAUGAUGUUCCAUCAACCUCCACGGAAAGCAUGAACACCAUGACCUCUACAUUCUGGAAAACAUUCGAGAGCGAGCAUAUGGGGCUCACAGAUCUUGCUAUGAUGGCCGAGAAUUCAGUCCGGUGGAGCUGUUUCACCGACCAACCCACUAAGGAAUGGGUAUCGGAACUUCGAGAAGGCAUCCUUGGCGAAGGAACGAAAGCCCUUCGACUGAAGGAAUGGUAUUCCGAGUUCGAAAGGUUCUGCGAAUGGGUUGCGUUGGAAUUUGCCGAGGUGGAUAUUGAGGAUUGA